UGUAAACAAAACAAAUUCUGACAGAAACAACUCUUAAUUUCAAAUAAUGUUCUUAAUUAAUACACUUGCUUGUGAUAAAUUGUUCUUAAGUAUUCCCAGUGAUAAUAAUAAUAUGAAAGUACUGUGUUUUUUGUGAUACCAGUUUAAAUAUCUCAAUGUCAGGACCGAUACUAAAUGAGUGAUGUUUCGUCACGACAGAAACAACGGCGGCUCCCUCGAAGACAGAGGUCCAUAUGUCAGGUACACUACAACCUCCGUCCCCAUAGUCAGGAGCUAAUCACCAAACCCCUGCCGCUCCCAUUCGCGUCCACCUCAAUGGAGCUGCAGAAGUACGGCAUGCAGGUGGCGGGCCACAAAGCUGGUGUCUCCGGAGCUAGAUACACGGGUCUUCUCCAAUGUAGCAAUGGCACAGUUUUGAAGCCGGUCCUCAAAGACAAUCAAAGGCGGGAAGUCGAUUUUUACAACAGGGUGUUCUCAUCCGAGGAUCCCGACCUGGUGGAAUUGAGGAAGUUUGUGCCCAAGUACUUCGGCUGUAGGAAGUUCACUUACAGUGGUCAUGAGAUGGAGUAUAUCAUAUUGGAAGAUCUUUCAGAAAGGAUGCUGGAACCGUGUAUCAUGGAUAUUAAAAUUGGCAAACGAACAUGGGAUCCUCUGGCAUCCGAAGAGAAGAUAAACAAAGAAAAGAGUAAAUACACGCAAUGCAGGCAAGAAUGGGGCUUCUGUAUUCCAGGCUACCAGGUAUAUAAGGUGGACAGUGGGCGCCUGCUGAAAUACGGGAAGGAUUAUGGCAAGAAAUUGCAUGGCCACAUGGUUACUGCAGCAAUCAGGAACUACCUGAACGGUCUGGGCAGGCCGGCGUGCCGUGCGCUGAUCCUGCAGUUCCUGUCAGCUCUGUGGGCGCUGCAGAAGUGGUGCGGCCGAGGGUCCACGCUGCGGCUAUACGCGAGCUCACUACUGCUGCUCUAUGAUGCGACGCGUCUCAGAGACUGCUGCGGGGAGACCAGCGGAAAUCGGUUCAGCUGCCGCCCCUCAGAGCCGGUGGUGCGGCGCAAGUCCAUCCACUCGAUCCAUCCGGGCACUGGCUCCAGCUUCAGUGGACAGCUCUCCAACAAGGGUCCGGUCUACCGGAAGGUCAAUUCCGUCCCCAUCAGUCCCAUGCAGUUAUCUACCAAGUCCUUUUCUCCUCCAGCCCCUAUCAACUCUCCCUGGACGGAAGCCUUAGAAAAACUCAACCACAAUCACUCGUUCGAGCACAACUACGAAGACAAACUCUGCAAGAUCAAAAUGAACUACCGAGCAGUUCUGGACCAGCUGUCCCAGGAGUCACCAACGCCCAACCCAUGGGGAACUAUCAAAUUGAUUGAUUUUGCCCACGCCUUUUUCAAUGAAGAUAACGAGAGAACCAUAGAUGAUAACUUUAAAGAGGGCAUAGACAAUCUCGUGACGAUCUUCGAAUCUUUGCUCAAAGAAACUGAUGAUCAAGUGUUCUGAAGACCUACGAUAAUUUUGUGAAUCAGGAAUUUUUCCAAUGACGUUUUAUACAUAUAAUUCGCAGUCUGAUAUCGGAACAGCAAAAGAGUGCUUAAAGACAAUAUAAUAAGCACACUUUCCUCCUUAGUCGUAUGUCAACUGUCACUGUCAGAAUUGGGUUUUAUAUUUAACAUACGUAACCUUGACUGAAUAAAUGUCUUACAUUGCUGCUUAUUGACCAAGAAUAUACAACUGGAGUAAAUGCGGCAAUGUAUAGAUAGAUAUGGUGACGUGAUGUGUCUGUAUGUAUGGAACGUCAUUGUAUUUUUUAUAUAAUAUAAUAGAUUAUUCCGAAAAUGUACUUAUGCUUAAGUUAUUAUAUUCUUUGUAAAAAUGUGAGCAAAGAAACAACAUUAGUUCUUGCCUAAGUUGCCAAACUCGGACAAGUUGUAUUGUCUCUCCCCUGGUGCCAGAUUAGUACAUCUUUAGGAAAGGAAUUCUUUUUAUAUACAGGAUGGGCCCAAAUAAAAUUUAAGGGAAUGAGAAAAAAGGAAAAAUACGAAAUUGAAUGCAAAUGUUUCUUUUGAUUCUUGAAAAUUAUAUCGCCUUAAUUUCCUCUAGAUUGGCCGGCAACACUCUUUCAAAAUCUCAGAUCUUUCGAAAACUCUUGGGAGUCGUAUAUUUUCCAAGAAUUUUCGUUUUAAUGUUUGUGAUAUUCAAACUGAAAAUAGGCCAAAAUAAGUGCAGAUCUUUAGAUAUCACCACAAAAAGAAGUCGGGAGGGUACAAGUCUGGACCUCGUGGUGGCCACUCAUUGUGGGAGAAUUUUCACGAUAUUGUUCACGACAUAGAAUCCAUCAAAUUCUUGAAAUUCGAAACCCAGAAGACCACACGCGCGUCGUAGUAUUUUUAAUGGAAGAGAGGACACGAUUGUACGUGUCACCUCAUCAGGUGAUCACUUAACAUCUUAAGUGCCUUAAGUUAUAUUCUCCUGCCAUUCCAGAGUAAUCACAAGUAUCGACCUGGAAACACCACACAAGGAAGCUCAUUCCACUGCUUUGUUAUACGUGAAAGAAAGCCUUGAAAACCACAGUGUAGAAGAACGCCACACAUCCAGAUGGUGGGGAUGAUAUCCAAAUUUGUGGCGUAAUCUUAAAACAAAAGUAUAAAUUAUGGCCCAACCUGUAUUAUUGCUAGACAUUGCUAAAAUUCAUCCCAAUUCAUCUAUUGUGCUUAUUGGAACUCGCGCCAAUAUUUUAGCACAUAUAAUGAGACCAAAUUGAUAAUACAGUAUUCCUUAGGGUUACGUUUAGUAUCGUGCUACCUCAUUUUUUUUCUUUGAGAUUGGUUUUUGUGCUUUGUUUUGUUGUUCACAUUUUUGCCUAGAUUUGAGUGAUAUAUAAACCACUAUAAGAGCUUUUUGCGUUUAACGCCGUUUAAGAACAAAACUAUAAUUAGCUUUAUCCGUAACAAAAAUAAUUCUUGUAUAGUUAUUAAGUAUAUUGGUUACAAAUUAAAUAAUGCUGAUUCUACAUGUAAUGGUUCAGCCAAAUGUCACUAAUAUCAUCUUUAAAGAUUAAAAUAUAUUACAUAGCGAUUACUGUAUUGUAAAUAAUGAAAUAUAAAUAAAACACAAAAUCGCUUUCGCAU